AGGUUUUCCAAGAAAAUCUAUUUUCCGUGAAAAUGCUCGCUCUUGGUAAGCCCUAGACGGAACCACUAGGGGUUUUGCAUCAACUAGCUCAAGCUUUACUGGGGAAGCCCGAAGAAACAUGCAUAGACCACUGGUGAGGGCUCCUCUGCGGUCAGUUGCGGAGUACCUGUGCAAAUCGAAACAUUCACUAUUGUUACUGGAACGAAGGAAUGUUGCUGAGAACCUGGGAUUUUACCGAGCCCUUAUGACAACAAAGGGUGUAGAAUUUUUAGCAUAUGGAACAGAAUCAACUACAAGAUCCUUACAGAUGAAAAUUGUGGAUUCACUUCACUUGGGUGAGAGGAGCAAGGCAUCUAAUCUGCUUUUAGAUCUUGGCCAUGGAAACCACUCAUUGAGACCUGAUGAUUUUGUUCAUAUUCUUAACUACUGUGCUAGAUCACCUGAUCCAUUGUUUGUCAUGGAAACUUGGAGGUUAAUGGAGGACAAGGAAAUUGGCGUGGACAAACUGUGCUAUUUUCUUAUCAUACAAGCUCUUUGUAAAGGGGGUUACUUGGAGGAGGCACUGAAUUUGAUAAAUUUUUUUGAAGAAAAGCAUGGCAUCUAUCCAAUUCUAUCUGUGUGCAAUAGUUUCCUCAGAGCCUGUGCCAAGAUGCGAAGUAUAAUCCAUGCGAAUCAAUGUUUGGAUCUAAUGGAGCACCGAAUGAUGGGGAAGAAUGAAGUAACAUAUUCAGAGCUUCUUAAGUUUGCAGUUUGGCAGCAAAACCUGUCUGCUGUUCAUGAAAUCUGGGAGGACUAUAUCAAACACUACAGUUUCAGCAUCAUUCCUUUGCGGAAGUUCAUUUGGUCUUAUACAAGGUUGGGAGACUUAAAAUCUGCAUAUGAGACUUUGCAAAAUAUGGUGGCUUUAGCCCUCAGGGGUAGCAUUUUUGUUAAUAGAACUGCUGAUGGAAAGCUGUAUUCUUCAAGAUUGGACAUUCCUAUACCUUCAAAUGAGGCUCUAGGCUCAAUGAAGUUUGACUUGCAGGGGAAUGAACAGUCUAUUCCGUCCGUUGGCUGUAAGAAAUUCAAUAGUUUUCCCAGUAACAUAGAGCAAUACAAUCCUAGCAUGGAGAAUACUGAAGCUGAAAGUAGUGGAAUAAGUAUGCUUCAUAAAUCUGAAACCAUGCCUGUUACGAAGAUUUUGAGAUGGUCUUUCAAUGAUGUGAUACAUGCAUGUGCACAUGCUCGCAAUUGUGGGUUGGCAGAGCAGUUGAUUUUACAGAUGAAAAAUCUCGGGUUGCAACCGUCAAGCCACACAUAUGAUGGUUUUGUUAGAGCAGUUGUUUCUGAGAAAGGUUACAACUAUGGCAUGGAAGUGUUAAAAGUAAUGGAACAGAGGAAUUUGAAGCCAUAUGAUUCUACUCUUGCUACUCUUUCAAUGGGUUGCAGCAAAGCGCUAGAACUGAAUUUAGCUGAGUCCCUGCUGGAUCAAAUUACCGAAUCACCAUAUCCUUAUCCGUAUAAUGCUUGUCUUGCAGCAUGUGACAGAUUGGACCAACCUGAACAUGCAGUGCAGAUAUUGGCUAAAAUGAAACAUUUGAAGAUUCUGCCAGAUAUCAGGACAUAUGAACUGUUGUUUUCAUUAUUUGGGAACGUGAAUGCCCCGUAUGAAGAGGGAAAUAUGCUGUCACAGGUAGAUGCUGGUAAAAGAAUCAAUGCUAUUGAAAUGGAUAUGGCGAAAAAUGGUUUUCAGCACAGUCAUUUAUCAAUGAAGAACCUGUUGAUAGCUCUUGGAGCAGAGGGAAUGAUACGAGAGCUGAUCCAAUAUUUACAAGUGGCAGAGAACCUUUUCUGCCGUAAUAACACUUUCCUCGGAACAGCUAUAUAUAAUACGGUGUUGCAUUCACUUGUUGAGGCCAAGGAAAGUGACAUGGCAGUAGAAAUAUUCAAAAAUAUGAAGUCAUGUGGCUUUGCCCCAGAUGCUGCGACUUAUAAUAUAAUGAUCGAUUGUUGUAGCAUUUUAAGAUGCUUCAAAUCUGCUUGUUCACUGGUUUCCAUGAUGGUGCGUGAUGGGUUUUAUCCUCAGACAUUGACUUACACUGCUCUCAUAAAGAUUCUGUUGGAAGAUGAGAAUUUUGAUGAAGCAUUGAAUCUUUUGGAUCAAGCUUUCUCAGAAGGGCAUGAUCUUGAUGUGCUUUUAUUUAAUACCAUUCUUCGAAAAGCUUGUGAAAUGGGAAGGAUUCAUGUAAUUGAGUUUAUUGUUGAGAGGAUGCACCAAGAGAAAAUCCAGCCUGAUUCAUCUACCUGCCAAUACGUGUUUUCUGCAUAUGUGGACCAGGGUUUUCACAGCACAGCUGUAGAAGCAUUGCAGGUUUUGAGUAUGCGAAUGUUGAGUGAAGAAGAUGGCACGCAACAUGAAAAGACACAGUUUGAGGAUGAUUUUAUCCUUGCCGAAGACUCAGAAACAGAGUCGCGGAUACUGCAAUUAUUCAAGAACUCUGAGGAGGACGUUGCUGUUGCACUUUUGAAUUUAAGAUGGUGUGCCAUACUGGGGUUCUCAACUUGUUGGUCACCUGAUCAAAGCCCAUGGGCUAUAAGGCUCGCAAGAAAUUAUGAUACCAGAAAAGGAAAUUGAUGUGAAUGGGAUGUUUUUGGAUCAAUUCUCACCUAGCGAGUCUUUCAUAAUUUAGUCAUAUGAUUGAGGGCUUCGCAAUUUUGUCUUGAUAGUUGACAGAGGAUAGAGCUGCUUAAUUGAUCAUUGGCAAGCUCGGAAAGUAAUAAAUCCCCGAAUUAUGAAGCCAUACUCUGGAAUCGGUUGAUUCUCAGAGCCAGAGGACUCGACUCUGCAACAUUUCUGUGCUGGAAAAAAAUGGGGCCAACUUUCCUAGGACUCCAGAAGAGAGUCCUCUGCCUCUGAAAAUAAGUUGACAGAGGAUAUAAGUUCGUUGAAAAUAAGAUGAGCUAGCUGCCAACGUGUGAUGAAUUAUUAUUGCCCAUCGGCUGGGUUGUGCUGUAAUAUUUACAGUGAACGCCUCGCCUCCUUUUUUGAGUGAGGCGGCAAUUUGUUUUGACGUAUGAUUUGCAAGAUGAUCAAUAUUUA